CACUUCUGCAAUGGAAAGCGACACUUUCAUUUCUUUCCUCGAGGGAAAAGGGAAGAGGGACUCAACUGACGUGUGCUCUGACACAGUGUGUUCCUGAGCUGCGGGAGAGCCCACACAGGCCUUGCCGCAGCCCAGCCCCUUCCCUGCAGAGAGCAAACAGCUGCAGCGAUGAUCUGCCCGCCCGGCCGGCAGUAAGAUGUUCAGGAGACAUGGUGCCUGGCCUAGGGAAGCGCUGAGAUGUUUUGCUACGGGCGGGACUCUUAUGUGUCUCUACACCUCCACAUCUGGAAGCACCCUGUCUUUCCCCCAUCAAGAGGGGUGCCCCCAAGAGUGAAGGCCUGUCUCAUUCUGCUUCACCACAGCACCCGGAUUGAUACCUGGCUCGAAGGCAGGCUCUGCGAGGGUGUGUGUGUGCCUGCCGAAUACAAGAAAGCCUCUCGCUUGUGUCUGCACUCCUGUUCCUAUAAAGCAGAGACAGACUGUCUCCAAAUGGCCUGCAGACCAUCGGGCUCUGCCUUGUAAGCUGGAUCUCAUCUAUGGAGAGUACCCUCACGGUCCUGCAAGUGAGCCUGUACCACCCGACACUGGGCCCAGUGGCCUUUGCCAAGGUCCCACCGCAGCUGCAGCAUGACACCAGUCGGCUGCUGGUGGGGCGAGGGCAGGACACCCACAUCCAGCUGCAGCUGCCCCAGCUGUCCCGACACCACCUAUCCUUGGAGCCCUACCUGGAGAAAGGCAGCACUCUGCUAGCCUUCUGCCUCAAGGUGCUGUCCCGCAGGAGCUGUGUGUGGGUCAAUGGGCUGCCACUGAGGUACCUGGAGCAGGUCCCCCUCAGCGUUGUCAACAGAAUCUCCUUCUCUGGCAUCCAGAUGGUAGUCCGCAGCGAGGGGGGCGCCUCCCUUGAGGCCUUCGUCUGCUACUUCCGUUUCAGCUCCUCGCCCCUGAUUCACAGACCCAAGGCCCAGGAGACCGACGAAUGGGAAAACAUUGUUAAGAAAGAGACUUCUCCUGCUUCGGGGGAGGCAACUCAUGAUCUCUUGGGGUCCCCCCAGGGCUCCUCCCGGACUCAGACAGCUGUUUCCAGCCAAGCCCUGGAGGAGCAACAGAAAUAAAACUCUGGAGAGAGCCCCCAGAGGCUGCACCCUGCCGACCCUGCUGGCUGAGAGCAAGCCUUGCUGAAAUGGGGUUUGAGAUAGUUGAGCCGCGUCCUGCGAGGUCGAACACAAAGUUGACAUGCAAGUCCUGCUGACCACCCCACUCACAGGGAACUGGUUCUGUAAACUUUGAGCAGCCCAGGAGUGCCCUCCAUGGCACUGGGUAAUGGGAACCUCACACACUCAUAGAGGCCCUGAGGGGUUCUGGGGAGCCUCUCCCGGCAUCCCCCCUCCCACCACCCAUUUCCUCCCUUGUCGGGCUAGGAGUUACUUUAUGUUGCUCAUUUCACUUGUUGCUUGAGAGCAGAUGCAUAGGGUUGCAGCAGGAAUGCAAGGACGCAUGGAGAAAUGACAUUUGUGGUAGCUAGGGGUUACCUUCAGCUUUCAAAUACCCACAGGCACCCGGGGCUUAGGAAAGCCUGUGUUUAAUAAACAGAAAGUAUUUCAUUAAGUUGGCAUACCCAGUAGGAUCCCAGAUGGGCCACAUGUACACCAUGUUGUCUUGUGGAGCUGGGGGGCGGGAAACCUGGAAGAGGUGUGAGAGGAAAUUGGGACGGUAGGCUCCUUACUGGGAAGGUCGCAGGCAGAGCUCAAGCCUUCCAGCGGAGGAGUUAGAGGCUAGCGCUCCCUCCUUGGCUGUUCCUUCUCCUCCUUCCCUUCCCCGUCCUCUCCUCUUCCUCUUCCUCUUCUCCCACUCUCUGUCACUUCUGGUUCAAGGCCUUGGCUGGCCAGAGGGCAAAGGUCUUCAGGGAACGAUUGUUUCCUGGAGAAAAGUACGCUCUUUCAGGACUAAUUCCAUGGUUGGAGGGCAAGGUUGGGUCAGAAGCCAACCCAAGUUAUCCCACUUAGAGAAAGCCGAUGCCUGCCAGGGCUUGUCUUCCCUGUGGGAGUGGGGGUUGUUAAGGAGCCAGGCAGGCAAGGAUGGAGAAUUUUCUCAGAGAGAAGGGGGCAUAGGGGCUGCCAUUCAGAGAUAAUGUUUAUUCAUGUGAGGGCAGGAGAGCCCUACCAACUCAGGUAACCACCAUGAGCCCAAACACUGCAUUAGGGCACCCAAACCACAGAAGGCACAGUGCUGCCCGCAGCCUGACUCAUAACCCCAGCAUCUGCGACACCUCUGCCAUGUAUCAUUCCUUCCCUACCCCUUUGUGCCCCAGGUGGACUAUAGGAGGCUCAGUGCUGCUCCCCAGCCCCAAGCAUCUCCCCUCAGGGAAAAUAGCACUGGACAAGACCUGCUCACAUCUAUGCUGGGGGCGUCCUCCUCCAACGAAAUAUGAGCUGAGUGCCCUCAGAUCGCAGACACAAGAUAAUGGAGGAGAGCAUGGCCUACCUGGGAGAAUGGAGGAGAGCAUGGCCUACCUGGGAGAAUGGAGGAGAGCAUGGCCUACCUGGGAGAAUGGAGGAGAGCAUAGCCUACCUGGGAGAAUGGAGGAGAGCAUGGCCUACCUGGGAGAAUGCUGGUGGUGCUGUGGUUGAUCCCCAAGACUCUCAAAGCAGUUCCUCCCUAAAAUUGAUGACCCUGACCCAGACACCCUCCUCUUGCCAAAUGUACAUCAAGUCUCAGGAUCCAGGAAUAAACAAAGCCAAUAAAA